GCGGAGGGGCGGAGCCGAGCGAAGACGAACCGAACCUAGUCGAACCCAGCCGAGUCACACUGAACCGGGGCGAGCCCAGGCGAACCUAGCCUGCCCAGACGAACCUAGACCACGCCUGCCCAUCCGGAUAGAGCAGAGUCGAUCCGAACGCAGACAGGACCUCCCGAGUGUGGCCGCCGCGGGUGCCGGUGCCGGAAGGAGCGGCGGGGGGCGGAGCGGGCGCAGCCGCGGGUGAGUGUCGGUGUCGGUCGGUGUCGGUGUCGGUCGGUGUCGGUGCUGCCCGAGUCCCGGAGCACCUCAGGCUCGGCGGUGGACUACAAGAUUCAGAUAUGUUCCUAUUUGACUGGAUUUACAGUGGUUUCAGUAGUGUGUUGCAGUUUUUAGGACUGUACAAGAAAUCAGGCAAACUAGUGUUUCUUGGACUGGACAAUGCUGGAAAAACUACACUGCUGCACAUGCUCAAAGAUGACAGACUGGGACAACAUGUCCCUACGUUACACCCCACUUCAGAAGAGCUGACAAUUGCUGGCAUGACUUUCACUACCUUUGAUCUGGGUGGACAUGCUCAAGCUCGCAGGGUGUGGAAAAACUACCUGCCUGCAAUUAAUGGUGUUGUGUUCUUGGUGGACUGUGCAGAUCAUGAAAGAUUGCUUGAAUCAAAAGAAGAACUUGAUUCACUAAUGACAGAUGAAACUAUUGCUAAUGUGCCUAUCCUAAUUCUUGGUAACAAGAUUGACAGACCUGAAGCUAUCAGUGAAGAGAGGUUACGAGAGACAUUUGGUCUGUAUGGCCAGACAACAGGAAAGGGCAGCACACCACUGAAGGACCUGAAUGCCAGGCCCCUGGAGGUGUUCAUGUGCAGCGUGCUGAAGAGACAAGGCUACGGGGAGGGGUUCCGCUGGAUGGCCCAGUACAUCAACUGAGCCUGCCAAGAUCCCAGCAGCACAGCCUGGCCCGGGGCUCAGUGGCUGCUCCUUAUUUGAUCACUCAGUGUACGUAACUUGAAUUCAUUUGACUGUUCAAUUUUAAAAAUACACAUUUUUAGCUAAUUAUAUCAUUGAUGCUAAAUUGUAAGUGUGAGGAUUGCAAAAUUAUUUCAAGCAAGUUUGUAAGUUUAAAUACCACAACCUGUGAGCUUUCUAAUCCCAUGCAACAUCCUUUUGCAGCUUUUAAUUUAAUGAGUCUCCAGCACCAUUUUUGGUCAGAGCGACUUUCCAGUACAGUAUGUUUGAAUGCACUUUUUAACAGCUGAAAACGAUGAACAUGUGAAAAAUAUUUAAUGCUUAUGUUAAAUUUUUUAUGUACUUUUUUGAAACUGGUUUUAUAACUUUAGAGUAUAUAACCAUCUUUCAAGGAAUAAUAAAUAAUUAGCUGAUGGAUAAUUGCAUGAUGCCUUACAGUUUUCAAUAAUACUCUUUCUUAUGCAACGUCAUGCAAUAAAUUUAAAUCCCGUUUUUGGCAUCUUUAAUGGGAAAUGUUUCAUUUUAAUGUGUCUUAACUAGUGAGGCUGAUCUGAAUAUGUGGGAUAUUUUCCUGAAACACAAGUAGGCCACAAAGUAGUUUUGUUGUAGAAUUGAGUAAGGUAGGUUUUUUCAGACUACUAAAUUGUAUUUAUUUUAGGAUUUUCCAUAGUAAAGGAAAAAUCCACUGUGAUGUCCUUAUAAUUACCACAAAUACAAGAAGUCUAAAUUAGCUGUGCCAGAGUAAAUCUUGAAUUAAUGACAAAAGUGGUCUUAAUCUACUGGUCUCUUGAACUAAACCCCUGAUGUGACACAAGAAAUACAGUUUCUUUCUGAAGAAAUAAGAAUACCACUGCAGUAAAUAUCUUGUUUCCAAUUUCAUUCAUUUUUGGGUCUACCAGAAGACUUGCCCAUGAAAUUUCCAGGAAAAAUAGGGGGCUGCCAUUGCUGCUUUUGCAAGUUUACCAGCUCACACUCAUUGGCCUGUGAAAUGAGUUUUAUUUUUAGGACAAGAUGGAUUCUUUUACUUGGUUUUGCCCUGAAACCUGACUAGUGUGGCAGCUGCUGGCUGCCCAGGGCACUUAUUUCUGAGGUAAAAUUCAGUCCCUCUUUUCAGUUUCUGACUGCUUUUCCCUGCUUUUGAGUGUUAGUUCCCCAAAGAGAAAGCAAGUUAUCUUUGAAGAAAGGGUGCCACAGCACAUUUUAUUGAUGCUGGCUGGGAGCUGUUGUGGGUGCUUUCUUGUGCUGGGCAAGUUUUACUCCUAAUUUGCCAAAUGAAUGUGAGGUUUCAGCCCUGGAGUCACCAUUUCAUUAUGAUGGCUUUGAGUUUCACUGUGUAGUUUGUUUUGUCCUUGUACAAAUACAAACUGCUGCAAGUUGUACUGAAUCCUUUUACUUCCUGUUGUACAUCUUCUCCAAAAUACUUUAGGCCUUAUGUUUCCAAUAUCCAUGGCAGCAAAUGUAUUUCUGGCUGGUUUGAUUUCACAAAUAACUUUCUUUUGACCUCUGGGCUUGAAUCUCAGAUCUAAAGGCUGUAGGCACAAAGCAAAUAAAUGAGACUUAUUCCUUGCCCAAACCUGAACUGGUAUGUUAGAAUAUUGAUUAUCAGUUCCUCACAGUCCUAGAUUGUGCAUCUGAAUAAUUCAGAACCUAACUAAUACAAAUUGUAAAUGAAGUUUAUUACUGCAGAAUCACAUGCAAAACAUUAAGCCCAGUUUGUGUGUAAUGCAGUUCAGUGUGAGGGCAUUGGAGGGCUUUGCCAAAUGACCAACAUAGAGAAUUCUGCAUUUUAACUCAUGCUCAGCUAUAGAGUGGUGUCUCUGCUGCAUAAAUCCAAACUGGAGGCAAGAAGUGGCCUCUCACCACUGUGUGGACAGUGUGUGUGUCUUUACUACCUACAGCCAUUAUGUAGGAGAUAUGCCUCUUGGAUUUUCACUCUAGCUUUUUCUGAUGAUGUUUAUAAUGCAGAGAACCACAGUGUAAAUAUUAAAAGUACUACUUGCAGAGUCACAUUGCGGUGUUGAUGUGAGGGAUUUGGGACUGUGUUGCCUGUGCUUAUGGAAAUGAAGCUGGAAGUGGAGAUGCUGUGCUGCACUUCCACAGGCUGAGCCAUUGCAUGGGCUUGGAGGGUUCCUCCUCACCUGCUCUUCCAACCAACUGUGAACAACAGCACUAAAGAAAGGGGUAAUCCUAUUAAAAAGGAAGGGAGGUGAUGAUGCUUUAAAGUGUGUGUUAAGAAUAGUUCCCAGUGUGGAAACACCCUUGGUUCCCUGGUUCCUGCUCUGGGAUGGUGGCUGAAAUGUUAUUGUAAUAAGGGCAUGAAGAAACCUGGACCUUGUGUUAUCCAGCUGGGUAUGUUGUUGGAAUAGGUGAUCAAUGCUCAGUGAAAUACAUAAAUAAUCUUGCUCUAUUUCAUUUCAUUCAGCAGAGGAAGGACCUUUCUUCUGUAGUUUACAUUCUGUUGUGCACAUGAAUGUGAAUGAGUGUUGUGUGUCUUUGUGUGAAGACUUUAUUAAUAGACAAGUAUACUGAUGAGAAUUUUCCUGGUGGUUCUCAUCCCCACCCCCUCCAUAUCCCCCUGGCCAUUUAUUUCUGUUUUAUUCCUAUGACUGUGGCCGGUCUUGCUUCAAAAAAAAAGUAGUGUUCACAUUUAGGUCUGACUUAAAUGAUUUUUUUUUUGCACUCUUGACUAUGCAGAUUUUAAUUGACCAUCACUUUAAAGAAUGUGAAAAAGAAACUCAUUAAUAAAGAUGUUAUUUAUGAA